AUGCCCUCUCAGAUGGCGGGGCGCCUUCGGAGUCCCAGUGACCCAUCGGGAACACAGAGGAAGAGACCAAAAGCUCCGACGCAGUUCUCUCAAAUAGAGGAAUCUCGCCUGGAGGAAGAAACAGACGUCACCAGUAUCAAUGAUGAAUUAGGAUUUGGGCAGUGGUACCACGACGUGGAAGAGGACUUGCUAGAUGCGAGUCACGAAGCCUAUCAGUCAUGCCUCCACGAGCUAGAGAUUUCUCGAGCGCACCUCGAUUCUCUCCUUGCCGAUACCUCGUCGACACUGGCAGCCCUAUCGAGUCUCUCUAAAUCAUUUCAAGCCGUGGAUUUGCAGACAUCCACAUUUCAGAAGCAAUGUGAAGGGCUGUUAACUACACAAACCAAGAAUACUCGCUUGGCGGACGAUAUUAGGGACAAUCUUGCAUACUAUGACUUCUUGGACCCUGCUUCUCGGAAGCUCAAUGCUCCAGGAGCAGGCAAAAUAGUCCGCGACAGGGAAUUCUCGGAGAUGUUGAGAAAGCUCGAUGAGUGUUUGGAUUACAUGGAGUCUCACCCCGAGCAGAAAGAGGCCGAGACAUAUCGAUCUCGAUACCGAUUACUACUGACACGUGCUUUAACACUUAUCCGUGGACAUUUUGUAGCGGCGCUCCGAGAAACUUCAUCAGGGGUUUCGAAACGAAUUGCCGAUAAACAACUGAACGAUACCACCAUGUCAGCGCUACUAUACGCAAAAUUUCGAAUUGGAGCAGCCGAAAUGAAGCAGAUUGGGUUGGAAAUUCAGAAAAGAGCGGUGCCGCCAGUGGAUCCGGAGCAAGGAACAGAAGCCGAAUACCAGAGCCUCAUGAAUGAAUUGCACACAAGUUUUGCAGCAACAAGAAGCAAAUUAAUUAUACCACUGGCGCGGAAGAAACUCACCAGUAUCACACAAGCUCCUAGUACUUCGAAGGACUUGGUGGCCUUCGCAAGAGCCGGUAUCGGUUACAUACGCGGUGUCUGUUUAGAUGAGUUUGAACUUUGGGGAGAGUGGUUCCAUGGACAAGCAGGCCUGUAUGACUUUUUGGAAUCCAUUUGUGAGCCUUUAUAUGAUCAUUUAAGGCCCAGGAUUAUCCACGAGACGAACCUCAUCAAGCUCUGCCAAUUGUGUACUUUGCUGCAAACACGUUACCUGUCUGAUUUAGAAGAGGAAGCUGAAUUCAAUGACCCGAAUCAGCUGGACUUCUCGGUUCUCAUCCAACCUGCUCUUGCAGAUGCGCAGACUCGUUUGGUAUUUCAAGUUCAGGGUAUCCUUCGUAACGAAAUCGAAAGAUACCGCCCAAAACCAGAAGACUUGGACUAUCCUUCUCGAAUGCGACAGAUGUCUUUAUCUAUGGGUGCUCCAUUAUCCGGACGUAAAGGAUCGCGGAACGACGCCAUAUUGCCAAAGACCCCAACUGUGGUUGACGAGGAGGUUGACCCGCAAGCAACUGAGAAAGACGCACUAUGGGACAUCGACACACAAGCUACAUUCCAAAGCUGGUAUCCCACCUUACGGAAAGCCAUAUGGCUGCUUAGCCGUAUUUAUAGGCUAGUCAAUUCCACUAUCUUCGAUGACCUUGCUCAUCAAAUUGUUCACCAAACGACCUUUUCACUCCACCAUGCAAGCACACAAAUAUCGAACAAAUACUCCACCACAGACGGCCAGCUUUUCCUGAUCAAACACCUUCUCAUUCUCAAGCAACAAAUCGUCGCCUUCGAUAUUGAAUAUAUCACACCCGAUAUAUCUCUCGAUUUCUCUGGUAUUACCAGCACUUUUUGGGAAAUCCGCGAGCGUGGGGGUCUCUUCAACCCCAGAAAUCUCAUGCGCCUCGUGGGCAGUGGUCUCCUACCCAAAGUCGUAGAGAACAUGCUCGACGCAAAAGUAGAACUCGAUGGUAGACUUCGCACAGUAAUCAACGACUUCACCAACGAUUUCGCCCACCGCAUGACAUCCACCUUGCCCACGAAAUUCAUUGAAAACGGAACCAUUGGAGAUGGAGGUGCAAUAAGCCCUGUCUGCCGAAGUAUCGAGAAAGAAGUCCCCAUUUUACGCAAAGCUUUGGAUGACUAUCUAGAAGAUACGCGCACAAAGGAGACUCUCGUUGGCGCAGUCCAGGACCGCGUCAUACAAAUCUACGAGGAAUUCUAUGAGGGUUACGCCAGUUCAUUGGUGAAGAGUAAAGGUAUACCCGUUGGUGCAAAGGGUAAAGGCCGUCAGCAUGCUGUCUGGGAUGUCGAUACAUUCGAAGAAUGGAGCGAAGAAGUGUUUAGGGUUGGGGUUGCUGGUCUCCGGUCUCGCGAUAAUGAUGAAGAUGACGAGGAAGACGAAUAG